AUGGAUGUGGAAAACGAACUAAAAGUCUACUAUCGCGAGCUGUUUCCGCUGCAGCUCCUCUAUGAAACUCUAGAGAUCAAUGGGCGGAGAGAAGUCUCUUUUUUCACAAGUACAGGCUCGUACAUGAGAUAUCUCACCUUUGACUCUGCUGAGUUAUUUAGGGAGAAGUUGGAGCUGGUCAAUCCAAGAAAAAUAGAUUUGGGUCCUGUGUACGACAUUAAACCCUCAAAAUCCAAUGGUGCAGUUCCAGUCGCACGUGAAAUAGUGUUUGAUAUUGAUCUUACCGACUAUCCUAGAGAAUGCUGUAAGGACAAAAAGAUCUGCAAUCUUUGCUAUGAAAAAAUAAAGUGUGCGAUCAAUAUUUUAGAUUACAGUCUAAGAACUGAAUUUGGAUUUACAAGCUACGGAUUCGUGUUCAGUGGAAGAAGGGGUGUGCACUGCUGGGUGCUUGAAAUGAAGGAGCUACCAACUCAUGUACGAAAUGACAUUUUUAAAUUUUUCCAGAACGUCGUGGAUAAGAACUUAUUUGUACAGGAGUAUAACAAUAUUAUGGGAAGGUAUGGAGAUGCCGAUCUUGUGAAAAACUUCUUUCCCAGAAUUGACAAGCAGGUUACAGUGUCUAUGAAUCAUCUUAUUAAAAUGCCGUUCUCCGUUCAUCCUGACACCUUCAACAUUUCCGUGCCCUUGGAUCCAAAUAGCAUCACUGAAUUGGAGGAUAUUCCCACACUUUCCCAGGCAGUCGCAAGCCCUGCUGUUUUGGAGCCAUACUACGAAGUACUUAAAACAUGGAAAAGACAAUAA